AGCUUAUGGUGGAGUGGCAACAAUGGCUUGUGAAAACUUUUUAAUUACCUUUUUCCAUAUUUGUAAAAGAAAAAAAUAAAAAAAAGAAGGAAACAUUUUAGUGGGAUAAAAGGAUUUUACCAGAGAUGAAGUGGUUAAGGAUGAAAGACGAGAGACUUUCUAUUUUCUUCUUCUGAAUCAUCGUGGGGAGGUUGGGAAGGGAAGAGUCUGGAAACAUGACUGAGGUAGGAGAUGAAAGGGACGAAGGCAAAUGGAAAAGGAAAUAUUGGUUACCAAGGGACCUUAACUAGUGUUGUUUUUUUUUAAUUGGUUGAAGUGUCGGUGGCUUCUAGAGCUGUUUUCCGUUUUGUUGCCGGUCUGAAGGGUUCUGAUAAAGAAGAUCUAGAGAUGGGAAAAGCUUUAAGCCGGGGUGAUGAAGAAGGUUAAUUGUGAUGGGGCCCGGGACUCAAUGAAGGGGCUGGAAUUGGGGUGGUUGUUAGGGAUGAUCAAGUAAAGGUUGUUGCUGGGUAUGAUGGUUUUAGGGAAGUUGAUUCUCCAAUUAAGGAUGAAGCUAUUGCAGUGGUGGAAGGCCUAAAAGUUGCAGAAAUUUUGUAAGAAUGGUUUUCAAUCAUGUGUUAUUGAAAUUGACUCAGAAAUUUUGUAAGAAGUUGUUACAGGUAGGGGGAAGUUGAUAAUUGGAGAGUGUCUCCCUAUGUAAAGGAGUAAGCAUUUUCAGAAAAUUAUUUUUAAUUUGGUGAGAAGUGAAGCUAAGAGAGUAGUGGACUAGGUUGCAAGACAAUCUAAAAAGAAGAUGUUGCUUGGUGACCGGGUUAAUUCCCAUCCAUCCAUCCAUUAUUUGUUUUUCAUGUCUAUUUUAUUUUAUAAUUUAUAUUUAAAUUUAUAAUUAUUUUUCUCAAUAAUAUUAUUUUUAAAUAUAAUGUAUUUCAUUAUUGUAUCCAUAAUAAAUUUGAAAUAUUUUUGCUUCAAAAUUGAAUGUAAAGAAAAUAAUUUACGAGCAUUGACUUUCUCCUAGUAACCUAGUUAUUCUCAAACUUAUAUAUGUUGGUCUAUCCGCCUAGUUAAUGUCUAAUUUAUUGAUUAUUAUUAUCUGUUUUUUGUGGUGGCUCGGAUGUUGCUUUCACUCGUUUAAAUUCCUCAUACUUUUCUCACCUUAAGUAGCUUCAAUCUUGUAAUUAUUGUUUCAUAAUUUCAAAUAAAAAUGUCUAGCACAAAAAAGAAUUGGCCAAAACUUCCAUUGGGGAUCAGGCUUCUCAUUGCUGCUCAUUCUAUGUCUGUGGAUGCUUUUAGCCGCAACGAUGGCAGCGCAGUAAAUCGACGUCUCAUGAAUCUUUUCGACCCUAAAGCCUCUCCAUCAAGAAAACCUGAUAAUGGCGUAGUGUCUUCUGACAUCGUGGUUGACACCACCCGCAAACUUUGGUUCCGCCUAUACAGCAACACUACCACCGCUGGCAAAAUGUUCGUUCCCAUUGUAGUCUACUUCCAUGGUGGAGGCUUUGCGUAUAUGGCGGCCAAUUCAAUGAGCUACGAUGACUUAUGCAAGCGACUUGCGCGUGAAAUUCCUGCUGUAGUUGUUUCCGUCAACUACCGUCUGUCGCCUGAGCACCGAUAUCCGUCACAGUACGAAGAUGGUUUUGACGUUUUAAAGUUCAUUGAUAACCCUGAUUUUGAAGGCUUUUCUGCUUUCGGUAAUACCGAUACCAGUAGCAGUAAGGCUUUUUUUAUUGCCGGAGACAGUGCAGGUGGCAACCUGGCGCAUCAUGUGGCCCUCAAGGCUUGCCAGCAUCAAUUUUCCCGAUUGAAGCUUCGUGGAGUUAUAGCGUUACAACCUUUUUUUGGUGGAGAGGAAAGAACAGAGUCGGAACUCAAACUUGCUGGGGCUCCGUUAAUCUCUGUGAAGCGCACUGAUUGGAUGUGGAAGGCUUUCUUGCCACACGGCUACAAUCGGGAUCAUCAGGUUGUUAAUGUAUUUGGCCCAAAUUCUGUUGAUAUCUCAGAUUUACCAUUUCCACCAACCCUUGUUUUUAUAGGUGGUUUUGAUCCUCUACAAGAUUGGCAGAGAAAAUAUGUGGAGGGAUUGAAUAAAUCUGGAAAACAUGUUUACAAGAUUGAGUACCCGAAUGCGAUUCAUGGCUUUUAUGCGUUCCCCCAGCUGCCUGACACUUCCUUGCUAAUGGCCGAGAUCAAGAACUUCGUGCUGAAGCAAUUGGAUCAAUAGCUCCUCUUUUUUUGUCCUGAUAGCCAUCGCAAAAUCUAUGUAUGCUGUACUUGCACUGCUUCAUAAAUGUCUCCUCACAUAGGGUAAGACUAUAAAAGCAAAAUAAUUCUCAAGUUUGUAUUUGCAUUUCUUGUCCUUGUAUUAACACAACAUUUCAGACAUAUACUAUUAAAGGAAAACCAAUUUGGCUC